UAUAAUUUGUCUUCGUUUUUGUAGAUUGCUAAAGGAAAAAUAGCAGCUUUAGACAAAAGCAUAGUUGUUUUUAUUUUGCCAGCUAGUAGUUGUAUGCGUUUUAUAAUAAAAUACAAAUUUGAUUAAUACAUUUUAGAGAAUGAUGCAUUUAAAAAGUAUUAUAUUCCUAAUAUGUUUUCUAAAUUCCACGAUGCAAAUAAUAACAGUAGGAGGGAUCUCAUGGCCAUGUUUGUCUCGCAGAUCUAUUCUGGGAGCGGUUAAAGACGAUUCAGAUAUAAUUAUAAGAGGUCCACCUAGGUUUGAUAGCUAUAGAGAAUCAGAAAGAACCGAAGAAUCUAUUAAUACAAACGUUUUUGAUAGCAAAAGAGGAUCAGAUACAACCGGAAAACCUACUAUAUCACCACUGGAAAAAUUGGUCGAACUAGAAGCUGAGAAUAACAUUGACAGUCGUGAUGUAGAUUCAAAGCACAAUUCACCCGAAAAAGAAACAAAAGAAACUAGCAAAAGUAACACAGAAACUAAUUCAUUGGAAAAAAUACCAGUGGAAACUAGUAAUAUCGUCUCAAAGAACUCCCUAGAAAAUGGGAAAGCAGUUGUUAAUGGAGUAAAUAACAUUGAGUCUAUUAAGCCCAAUCCAUCCGGUUCACCAGAAAAAAUUAACAAAACAGAACCUAUUGAUGUUAUUUUGGAGCAAGCUAAUAAAGUGACUUUUGAUGAAGGUGAUGAUGGUGAAGACGAAGGAGAAUUUGAUCUUAUAAGCGGACUUCUUGAUCAAUCUUCGAAACCAAAUAAAGACCAAAACAAUGCGGCAACUGAUGUUAAAAAAGUCGAAGAUUCUAAUAAGAAUUUUACCAAUUCAACACCAAAAAAUGUCCAAGAGUUUGACGAUUUUACAACGGGAACCAACAAUAAGGUUUUUGAUAGCAAAAGAGAAUCAGAUACAACCGGAAAACCUACUAUAUCACCACUGGAACAAUUGGCUGAAACAUAUAGGAGUAACAUUGCCGUUAGUGACGUAGCGACAACAGGAACCAAGAAACUACAUGACAAAUUUGAGGAUCAUGAAGAACGCGAAGAAAAUUUAUGGGGUUUAAGCGACGGUGGCACAAAGGAUAAAACUGUAAAAGAUAUUAAUAAGAAUUUUACCAAUUCAACACCAAAAAAUGUCCAAGAGUUUGACGAUUUUACAACGGGAACCAACAAUAAGAGUUUUGCCGAUUCAACACCAACAAGUUACAAAAGCUUUGACGAUUUUUCAACGGGAACCAACAAUAAGAAUGGAUUUCACAAAGAAGAGAUUGAUGAUAAAAUCGAUGAUGAAUUAUUGUCCAUGAUGUUUACGAAAUCCAAAUCUAAGAAUUAAAAGAACCACGGUUCAAAUAAUUAAAAAAGUUUAGUUGGAUCUAAAUAACUAUAAAUGAGUUAGUUUCUUUUUUCUAUAUACUGUAAAGUAAAAUUUGUUUCCUGUAUUGUAGUUUUUUCAAUUUGUUAAGAUUUAUUUCCAAUGGAACACUUUUCAUUGUCAAAAUUA